GUAACACUGAGAUCCUUCUCUACUAGAGUACUAUCUCAAGAAGUUUUCAUUUGCAUCUGAACAAUUGCUUCUCAUAUGGUGCUGGCUCUGUAUAGAUCAAAAGCGGAGAAUCGACGGAUUGCGCUUAUUGGUGAAUUGGAUCGGCCGACAUAUCACACGGCUUUGGCCAUACACAGAAGUCAACACAUUCAAACCGAACAUUCGAGAGUCGGAAGAGACAGCAUAAACAAUCCUCGAAGUCAGAAACAUUCAAUCCUACUGUCCAAUUCUGUCUGAAUUCGAAAACCUCACCAUGGACAACUUCUGGGACGCAUUGUUCGCCUCGUUUCCACCCUCUCCCGAAUGGGCUCCAUUCUGGAGCAGUCUGUUCGAAGAUGCACUGUCAGCCUCCCUCAUCUGGCUUGUAGCCCAGAUCGGUCCCAUAAGAACUUCUGCGUUUCAAUUAAUAUGUUAUUCCUUAAUUCAAGUGUGUCGAUUCGUCUUUGCGAUUAUAUCUGGCUUCCAAGAUGGUUGGCCGAGGCUAUCUGGGACCGAGUGUUUUGGCCGGACGAUUGUCGUUUCGUCGUUUGUAGUGGCUAUCUAUACCGCUUAUUAUGAACAAGGUCAAUCUUGUACGUUAUCUGGCUUCAUUGAAAGUUCUCUGCUAACGCAUUAUAGGGAGGGGGCACAGGGCUGGCAGAAAUGAGAAAUCUUGUUGGCAAUGAAGUCACAAUCAAUUAGUUGAAUAGAUAAAGUAGAAAUGGAC